CCCCCGCGCGGCUGCUGCAGCCUAAGCUAGCUCGGCCACAGCCUGUCCGCGGAGCGGAUGCCUGAGCCCCAGCGGCGAGGAGCUCGUCGUGGGGCUCCUGGGCCGCGGCGGCGGGCAGGCGAUGCUCCAGAGGCUUGAGCAGCCAUGGAGGCCGAGACGGGCGGCCUGGAGGAGCUGACGGAUGAGGAGAUGGCGGCUCUGGGCAAGGAGGAGCUGGUGCGGCGCCUGCGGCGGGAGGAGGCGGCGCGCCUGGCGGCUCUGGUGCAGCGCGGCCGCCUCAUGCAGGAGGUGAAUCGGCAGCUACAGGGUCACCUGGGCGAGAUCCGCGAGCUCAAGCAGCUCAACCGGCGCCUACAGGCCGAGAACCGCGAGCUGCGCGACCUCUGCUGCUUCCUGGACUCGGAGCGCCAGCGCGGGCGGCGAGCCGCUCGCCAGUGGCAGCUCUUCGGGACCCAAGCAUCCCGAGCCGUGCGCGAGGAUCUAGGCGGUUGUUGGCAGAAGCUGGCCGAGCUGGAAGGCCGCCAGGAGGAGCUGCUGCGGGAGAACCUGGCCCUUAAGGAGCUCUGCCUGGCGCUGGGCGAGGAGUGGGGCCCCCGCGGCGGUACCGGCGGCUCGGGGGGCUCUGGCGCUGGGCCGACACCCGAGCUGGCCUUGCCCCCCUGCGGUCCCCGUGACCUGGGCGAUGGAAGCUCCAGUACCGGCAGCGUGGGCAGCCCCGAUCAGUUGCCCCUGGCCUGCUCCCCAGAUGAUUGAGGGCACAGCUUCGCGCCGACGCCCGCCGGGAUUGCUCCUCCCGCGCGGAGAUUGCGGUGGAUCUCGGCACCCGGACGCCGCCCCCGCUGCGCACGAGGGGCCGCUGGCAUGGACUUAGUAACCCUAACACUGAGGAGGGCCCCUGGCGCUCGCUGGCGGGGCAGGAGGGGGACUGGAGGCUGGAGCGGAGGGACUUGCUGGGGGCUGGGUGGAGGCUAAUAAACUGAG